GCCCCGCCGGGCCUGCCCCGCGCAGUCCCGGUCCCGGCGCCACAGCCGCCUGCCCGUCCGCUUCUUGCCCGGCCCGGGAUGACGGCGGCCCAGGCCGCGGGCGAGGAGGCCCCCCCAGGCGUGUGUUCCGUCAAGGUGGUCCUGGUGGGCGACGGCGGCUGCGGGAAGACGUCGCUGCUGACGGUCUUUGCUGAUGGGGCCUUCCCCGAGAGCUACACCCCCACGGUGUUUGAGCGGCACCUGAUCAGCCUGCAAGUGAAAGGCAAGACCGUGCACCUCCACAUCUGGGACACAGCAGGGCAAGAUGACUACGACCGCCUUCGGCCCCUGUUCUACCCUGACGCCAGCGUCCUGCUGCUCUGCUUCGAUGUCACCAGCCCGAACAGCUUUGACAACGUCUCUGCCCGGUGGUACCCAGAAGUGAAUCAUUUCUGCAAGAACGUGCCCAUCAUCGUCGUGGGCUGCAAGACUGACCUGCGCAAGGACAAAUCACUGGUGAACAAGCUCCGAAGAAAUGGGCUGGAGCCUGUGACCUACCACAGGGGCCAGGAGAUGGCGAGGUCCGUGGGCGCGGUGGCCUACCUUGAGUGCUCAGCUCGGCUCCAUGACAACGUCCACGCCGUCUUCCAGGAGGCGGCCAAUGUGGCUCUCAGCAGCCGCAGUCGCAACUUCUGGCGGCAGAUUACCCAGGGCUUUUGCGUGGUGACCUGAGCGGCGCCUGGCGUCCCAGCGGUGCGGGAAGGGGCUGGGCACUGACGUGCUGCUGAGCUGGCUGGGCUGGACCUGGUCCCCAGGCUGUGACCGCCGAACUGCACCGCAACAGACGAGUGCCAUCAAGGCCAGGCCUUGGGAGUCCUGGCCUGAGAAAGGGCGUUCCUGGGCCCACCUGCCCUGUGGAGGGCUCGCCCUGUGGUGCCUGGGAAUCACUCCCUGACCCGGGUACCAGCUCCCGAUCAACAUCCUGGAGCUGCCUGUGCAGGCUGAUGCCCCCUCGUGGCUGCUCCCAGGGCUGCAUCUGCCAGGACCUAGUGUUCUUAAGGAUCCUCCUGCCAGAACCCACACCUGGCCCCUUCCCACCUGUCAUGCUGGUAACUGUAACAACGAAAUUGACAUCACUU